AUGUCUAAGGAUAGAUUGCCUAUGCAUCCGUCCUUAAAAGUCUUGGAUACAGAAAAGCUUGACAGUUUAGUCAAUUUUAUUAAAAUCAAACGGGAGUCAGUUUCGAAAUUUAGCAACGAAGAAAAGGAAAAAAUGUACAAGGACAUAUUCUCCGAAAUAAACUCUACUGAAUGUUUAAGCCUUUUCAAAGAAGAGAAGGAAGAUAUGAGAGACAUCCUGCAUUGGAGCAUACAAAAAUUGGAGGGGAGAGAAAAUUCUGGACGGAAAAACGACGAGAGAGCGCCAAGAAUACAUAACAUUUCGACGCGAAAACCGACUGGAGAACUUGUCAAAUACUCCGAAAAGAGUUUGUAGCGCAACGCGAUAGAAUAUUGGGACGAGAUAAGCCAGAAUGUUUUGUACGAGCAUUUCUGCGUCAGAUAUAAAGAGGUCACCAUAAAGACAGAAAAAGGGAGGGAAUAUCGGGAGGGAGGGAAGGAUAAUCUCCGCCGGCUGCUCUCUGAACAUAUAAGCAGGCAUACUGGCAGUGAAGCUGCCGAGGAGGACACUUCAGCCGUCUAUGAUUGGUGCUUAGAAAGGAGAAGUAGAGACAAAGAAUAUCGAAAACCUGGAAAACCUGGAAAACCUAAGCCCAAGGAGAUAUCGAAACUAAAAUUCAGCUUCUUCGGUAGUUCGACGUCCUCGAAGAGAGACCGUCAAAUUAUGCAAAGCUCGUGA